AAGAGAAGGAGAGACACAGGGGAUCAGCCGGUCAGUGUGGGGCCCACUCAGUGAGUCAAUGCCAGGUCGGCGACCACCCACGCUUCUCUCACCAGCAGCAGCUCAGAGAGAACACACAGAAUGGAAGAGGACACAAUGAAAUUAGCUGAAUGCAAAGGACCAACUGAAGAAGAAUAUUUAACUACUUCUUAAACAAUUUUUAAUCUGAGGAAAGGCAAAGGGAAAUCCGGGGACUUUUAAAAUGUCUUCCUCCCGGUGUCAAGCCACAGGAGCAUGUGGACAUGAUGUACAUCUCCAUGGAGACAGCCAUAGCCCUGGCCUCUGUGCUGGGCAACGUGUUAGUGGUGCUGGUGGUCUGUACGAACCGGGCCCUGAGGGACACGUUCUGCUUCAUCGUGUCUCUGGCGGUGGCCGACAUCACUGUGGGAGUCCUGGUCAUCCCCCUAGCUGUAGUGAUCAGUCUGGGACUGAAGACUCAGUUUUACACCUGCCUCUUCUUCUCCUGCCUGCUCCUCAUCAUCACCCAGGGCUCCAUCCUGUCCCUAAUGGCCAUUGCCAUCGACCGCUACCUCCGGGUCAAGAUUCCCAUCAAGUACAGCAUUAUCGUGACCCAGAACAGAGCAUGGGUGGCAGUGUUCCUAUGCUGGCUCCUCUCUGCCCUGACGGGGAUGGUGCCCAUGUUGGGCUGGCACAACGAGCACACACAGGGUAACCUGAGCAUCACCAGCGAUGACAUAAUAGUUUGCAAGUUCACCAAGGUCAUGCGUAUGGACUACAUGGUCUACUUCAACUUCUUUGGCUGGGUGGUGGUUACUCUGACCAUCAUGAUCGGGCUGUACGCUGAGAUCUUCAGGGUGAUCCGGAAGCAGCUUAACAUGCGUGCCAAGGCCACUUGCGACACCAGCAAGUACUUGGACAAGGAGCUAAAGCUAGCCAAGUCCUUGGCGCUCAUCGUCUUCUUAUUCGCUCUGUGCUGGCUGCCGCUGCAUGUCAUGAACUGCAUCCUCUUCUAUUGCCCGGAGUGUGGGAUGCCCAAGAGUGCCAUGUAUGUGGGAAUCUUUAUGACCCACAUCAAGUCUGCCCUCAACCGGCUGGUCUAUGCCUUCCGAAUACAGCGGUUCCGUGCCACGCGCUGGUCCAGAUCUUCCACUGCUGCAUGCUGUGUAAACCCACAGAGAACAGCCCUUGCCCCAACCAGCCCAGCCCACCACCCCUGUUUGAGAAAACCCCAGUCCACCCGUACCCACGACCUGCCCUGUUGAUAUGCUUCUCCUGCGAAAUGUUGUGUCAAAGAAGUAGUCGUAGUGCAAUAAUAAGGAGACUUCUGCUUUCCAACCAUCAUCUGGGAU